GGAGGUGGCGCCUUCUCUGGAAAAGAUCCUACCAAGGUUGACCGCUCUGCAGCUUAUGCUGCUCGCUGGGUAGCCAAGUCCUUAGUGAAAGCUGGGAUCUGCCGCCGUUGUCUCGUCCAAGUUUCUUAUGCCAUCGGAAUUGCGGAACCUUUGUCUGUUAUGGUGUUCUCUUUCGGAACAUCUGCUCUCAAUGAGGCUGAGCUUCUCCAGAUUGUCAACGACAACUUUGACUUGCGACCUGGAAUGAUCAUCAAGCGAGGAGUUGGACUUGAAGAGACCCAUCUAUGA